CGGCCGGGCUGCGGCAUGUCGGAGGCUGGCGCGGCCGGGCCGGGAGCUGUUGCUGCUGCCGCCGCCGCCGCCGCCGCUGGUGGCGGCGGUGGAGGAGGAAGCAGCAGCAGCAGUAGCAGCGUCGGGGGCAACGGUGCCGGUGGCGCCGGAGCGCCUCAGCAGGGCUCCCCGGCCGCGGGAGGGUUGGCCGCUUGCGGACCCGCCCGAGCUGUUAUCGCUGCAGCCGCCGCUGCUGCUGCCGAGAGCCCCGCAGGAGGAGGAGGCGGCGGCGGCGGCGGCGGCGGCGGCGGGGCCCCCGGCUCGGCUCGCAUUGCGGGGAAGAAGGCGCAGCUCCGCUCCGCACCCCGCGUCAAGAAGCUCGAGAAGCUGGGCGUCUACUCCGCCUGCAAGGCUGAGGAAUCCUGUAAAUGUAAUGGCUGGAAAAACCCUAACCCACCUUCCACUCCGCCCAGGGCAGAUUUGCAGCAGGCAGUUGUGAGUCUUACGGAACCAUGUCGUAGCUGUAAUCAUGCUUUAGCUGCUCAUGUUUCCCAUUUGGAUAAUGUCUCUGAAGAAGAAAUGAACAGGCUGUUGGGGAUUGUGCUGGAUGUUGAGUAUCUUUUCACCUGUGUUCACAAAGAAGAGGAUGCAGAUACCAAGCAAGUCUACUUCUACUUGUUCAAGCUUUUGAGGAAGUGCAUAUUACAGAUGGGGAAACCUGUUGUAGAAGGAUCUUUGGAAAGCCCCCCAUUUGAGAAGCCAAGUAUUGAACAGGGGGUUAAUAAUUUUGUGCAAUACAAAUUUAGUCACCUUCCAUCAAAAGAGAGACUAACAAUAAUAGAGUUGGCUAAAAUGUUUCUCAAUCGCAUCAACUACUGGCACUUGGAGACACCUUCCCAGCGAAGACAAAGGUCACCUAAUGAUGACAUUGCUGGCUAUAAAGUUAACUACACAAGGUGGCUGUGCUACUGCAAUGUCCCUCAGUUUUGUGAUAGUCUACCUCGAUAUGAAACCACACAGGUUUUUGGGAGAACACUGUUGCGCUCAGUCUUUACCGUCAUGCGACGGCAACUUCUAGAACACGCGAGGCAGGAGAAAGACAAACUGCCUCAGGAGAAACGAACGCUAAUCCUCACCCAUUUUCCCAAGUUCCUGUCCAUGUUGGAGGAGGAGGUGUACAGUCAAAGUUCUCCUAUCUGGGAUCCAGAUUUCGUAGUAUCCUCUUCUCAAAGUGCCCAGCUAGGCAUCCAGACAGUCAUUAGCCGUCCUCCUGUAGUGAGGUCUGUUUCAUACAGUGCAAGUCCUUCAUCUCUAGAUCAGCCCAGUGGAGGAAGCAUGAGUCCUGCUUGCAAGACUGCUUCUGGACUUGACCCAAACAUAGGAGAGAAGAGAAAAAUUAAUGAAUCUUAUUCUGUGGAGGAUGCUAAAAAGCCAAGAGUUGUAGGAGACAUUCCUAUUGAAUUAAUCAAUGAAGUGAUGUCAACAAUUACGGAUUCAGCCGCAAUGCUUGGUCCAGAGCAGACAAAUUUUCUGUCAGCACACUCAGCCAGGGAUGAAGCAGCCAGGUUGGAAGAACGCAGAGGAGUGAUUGAAUUUCAUGUCGUUGGAAAUUCCCUAAAUCAAAAGCCAAAUAAGAAAAUUAUGAUUUGGCUGGUUGGCCUACAGAACGUAUUUUCACAUCAGUUACCCAGAAUGCCAAAAGAGUAUAUUACUCGGCUGGUCUUUGAUCCGAAACACAAGACUCUUGCGCUAAUAAAAGAUGGCCGUGUGAUUGGUGGUAUCUGUUUCCGAAUGUUCCCGUCUCAAGGAUUUACAGAAAUAGUUUUCUGUGCUGUGACUUCUAAUGAACAAGUAAAGGGCUAUGGAACUCACCUAAUGAAUCAUCUGAAAGAGUAUCAUAUUAAGCACAAUAUCCUCAGCUUUCUUACAUAUGCAGAUGAAUAUGCAAUUGGUUACUUCAAGAAACAAGGUUUUUCAAAAGAUAUUAAAGUACCAAAAGCAAAAUACGUUGGUUAUAUCAAGGAUUAUGAAGGAGCAACUUUAAUGGGAUGUGAAUUAAAUCCAAGGAUACCAUACACUGAAUUUUCUGUCAUCAUUAAGAAGCAGAAAGAGAUCAUUAAAAAGUUGAUUGAAAGGAAGCAAGCUCAGAUACGGAAGGUUUAUCCUGGUCUUUCCUGCUUCAAAGAUGGAGUACGACAGAUUCCUAUAGAAAGUAUUCCUGGAAUUAGAGAGACUGGAUGGAAGCCAAGCGGUAAAGAAAGAGGUAAAGAACCCAAAGACCCAGAUCAGCUUUACAGCAUACUAAAAAACAUUCUACAACAGGUCAAGAGCCAUCAAAGCGCUUGGCCUUUCAUGGAACCAGUGAAGAGAACAGAAGCUCCUGGAUAUUAUGAAGUGAUAAGAUUUCCCAUGGAUCUGAAAACUAUGAGUGAUCGACUUAAGAACAGAUACUACGUGUCUAAGAAGUUAUUCAUGGCAGAUUUGCAGAGAGUCUUUACUAACUGCAAAGAGUACAACCCACCUGAAAGUGAAUACUACAAAUGUGCCAAUAUACUGGAAAAGUUCUUCUACACAAAAAUUAAAGAAGCUGGAUUAAUUGACAAGUAAUGAUUUUCCUUAUCUCAUGCAAUCAAGAGGACCUAAUUUAAGAACAGAAUAUGCAGUUAAAUUUUCAAUAGAAUUGGAACUUGUGUUUCAAAAUUUGUUUUAUUAACUAGCACUUUUAAAACAUGUAAUAUAGAAGAGUUUAUUUUAUUACAGUCUUUUUAAAUGUACACCUGCAUGCCCUUUUGCAGUGUAUUCAAUUUUUAUUAGACGUAUUGCACAAACUGUUUGGAGAUCUGGAAAGGGAAAUUUUUCCAAGCAGUGAAUGUUUAAGCUUAAUGUUAAUGCAGUAUCAAAUUGUAAAAUAGCGUUUUAUUUUUUACAACAAAGAAACUGAUGAAGGGGAAAAUGAGUUUUAUAUAUAUUUUAAUGAAACACUCAAAGUAAGAGAAGGUGCUAUGAAAGGGUAAGGAAGACCUGUUUUAAGCUAUAAGGAUGAAAAUCCCUAAAUAGAUGCAAAUUUUCUCCAUAGUUUGGUCCUUGUUGCGUGUAUUUGCAAAGAAAAUUUGACAUGAUAUGUAGCACAAUGCUGACUUUAACUGUGUAGGUUAUGUUCCCAAAUGGAUUUAAAAAUCUGUUGCAGUCAAAAACUAUUAUUCUUUAUAGGGUAACGCCAGAUGCCACAAGUAAUUUUAACUGAUGCACAUACAUCUGUGGCACACAUUUUUCUGAUUAGCGUGCUGUGACCUUUGGUGUCUCUACCCAGCCGUGGUUCUCCAUUCCCAUCAAUCUUGAUGUAGAUCAGAAUGGGUUCCUUCAACCUAUUAUGACAGGUGCUGCUGUCUUCUCUCUUAGGGUGUAUGUACACAAUGCCUUGUGCAUGCAGUUUUUUCUGGACUGACACUUCCAAAGGUUUCAUAAAACUUCAUAAAAGCAGAUUUGAGCAUACCUUCCUCUCAGUGUUAACAUGGUAGCUUCUGUCUUGUAUCAGUUACAUUAAAAUAUUUUCAACCAAAGUUCUAAAACAAGUUAUUUUAAUUAUCUAAUUAAUAAUAAUCUAAUUAUUAUUAAUUACAUCUAUGCUUGAGCUGCGCCUUAUAUUAUUCAUAGGAAAUGCAUUCAUGCAAAUAGUUGUCCUUGUCAGAUGAAGAAAUACCGACUAACCACUGAGUUUUCCUAUAAUGUCUUUCACAAUACUGCAGGGAGAGGAAGAAAGUGGCAUCCCACUAAUUUCUUCUUCCCAAGUUUUAUUUCUACAGUGGCACUGGAGGAGUAAAAUUUCAUGAUGUUGUAUUUAGUGAAUAUUUCACUAGUAAACUGCUGUAGAAAUUUGGCCAAUUGUUUUACAAAAGAAUUUUUUUUCAAGAUGCCUAUAGUAGUGUUUAUUCUAAUCCUAAAACUAGAUUCACUUGAUAGAAGGAAAUGGUACAAAAAUAGUAAAAAUGGUAACAUAGAAAUGCCUUAGUGCUUUAUAUAAAAUCAGAUUUGGCUUUGUAUUUAAAGGUACAAUGAUGCAACUGUGUAUUAGAGUAUUUAAGUAGUAAUUUUCAAGUAUUUUGUAAACUGGGCCAACAGAAUCACCUCUUAAGCUUGAUAUCCUGUGAAAGUGUUAUUUUCAAAGAUUCUUAUUGUCUUGAAAUUAGAGUUUCUUCUAUAUUGAAAACAUUUGGUUUCUAAUUUAAAGAUUAUUUUCAUAGAUAUUGUGCAAUAAAGCUAUAUAUAGUAUGAUGUGUUUUAAAAAUGCUUUAACUGAAAUUUUACAUUUGUAAAAUUAUUUAUUGUAUUGGUAUAAAAUGGUUUUAAAUUAUAUGUAUAAAAUUAAUCUGGUGUGCUAUUUUGUAAUUUGCUUAUAAAAAAACCUUAAGUAUUCAA